AUGAAAUAUAGCCUACGAAAAUCAUUUAAUUCUCGUCGACGCAAGGAUAUUGCUGGUGAUGAUGAUCAAAUUAAUCCGCGAAAUGACCAUCCAGUCACAAGUUCGAAUUCGCAUCUGGUGAAAUCCAAACAAUCGAAAAGUUUCUUACGACGACGUCGCUAUUCAUCCUCACCACCGCGUUCAUCAUCGCCAAAUCGAAACAAAACCAAAACCAGUGAACAUCCGUAUAAUAACCAUAUCAAUGACGAGGACGAUGAUGAUGACCCAUUUUCAACUUCAGCAAAUUCCAAUCCUCGUCUUCGACCGUUUGACAAACUAACUGAUCAAAUUCGAAAAUCAUUUCGAAAUACUUUAACACGACAACGUUCACGACUGGAAAGUAACAAUUCAAAUAAACGAUUGAUAUUCAAAAGCAACGAUGAAAAUCAUCCAGUCAAUCCACUUAUCUCGCCAAUCUCAACAGAUAACACCAAACUUCCUCCAAAACGACGAAAAGCUCCAUUAGCACCAACGCAUAUGAAUCAAUCGAAAUCAGUGCCCAAUCCUGAGUGUUCUACACUUAACAUAACUGAUCAACAAGAAUCUGGCUAUAUUUCAUCUCCAAAUGAUUCGCAGACAAAGAAAACUAAAUUUAAUCGGUCGUUUCGUGCGCAAAUAUCCCUUCUGUUUAAAAAACGUCAUGCAAAACAACAACAAAUUGUAAAUUGUCUCGACGACGAUCUUGAUCAUCAGCACCAUGACGAUCAAGAUGACGCUCCGCAUAAAAAGCAAACUUUUGCCCAACGAUUUGAUACAUUAAGACGCUCCUUACAUCUCGGCAAACGAAAUUCGUUGAAGAAAGGUACCAAUUAUUUACUUUCGAAUGAAUAA